CGACUUUCAGCCCCCAGUGCCAGCAACUUACAUCUCACACUGUUUGUGUUGAUCGCGCUUUACCAGUCACAUUGAUGCUCACUGACAGCACCCCCUCGAGAAGAUUGCAUCGCACAGUAUACAGAGAUGCACUGGCCGACGUCGAUUUCAAGUAGUUGCUUUACCAUCGUGACACCUACCAACCACCGUUGACUCAUUUGGGCAACCUAAACCUCAUAAUCUUGACAAUAUUUCGCACUUGGAACCAGACAGAACUUCUACUCAAGCGGUCAGAUCCAGCUGCAAUAUAAGGCCUCAUUACGGUCGGAAGAUGUUUUUGCAACAACAGCCGUCUUGCUGCCGGUGUUACUGAGCAUUGACUGAAACUCGAGGCCUCAAUGAAGGCUUGGUUGAACUCCACAGUCUGAGUCUACUAAUUCUCCUUCUCCUUUCAGACCAUCGAAAUGCUCAAUCCCAAUCGGCCGCGGGUCUCAUUGCGUCGAAUAUGUUUAGCGGGUCGACAGCAGAUCGAAUGGUGGCCCCUCAUAACUCAUUGGCAUCGUACGCUAUCAAAACAUCAAAUCUGUAUAAUCACCGCAGAUCACCAGCGCUUUGCUACUCUUGAAAGUAGAAACCAAAGAGUCGACCUGCGAUCACAAGAAGUUCAUCCACAAGGAGUUCGUCCACCUGGGAAAUAUAAUGGAGUCUUUCGUCCAAUGCAUGCGAACCAAGCCCAUUUGAGAAGAUGUUCAAAAAUUGCAUUCACCGCAGUAUUCAUAUGGCUUCGAAUCAUAUCAGGAUGGACAGUACUCAGUACAAGGCAUACGAGGGACAAUGAGGUGCCCAUAGAAUGCUUUGCAAAAGUGGGAUGUCAAAUUCGUCGUCGGAUCAAAUCCGAUUCGAUCGGCGAUCCCAAGAGUCACACCUCAUGAUGUAGCCAUGGCAUAUAACAUACUAGAGGUUAACAGCGUUAGGGUUUGGGAUGAUUAGAGCUCCACUAAUCUAGCCUACAUAAGGGCGAUGGUGCGGCGAGAUGCGGCGCCGAUAAGAGACCCGGGGUGACAUCACUGGUGCGAGGGUCAUUGCCCUAUGAACGGUGGGUGCGACAGGGCUAUAAUGUAACUACAUGGACCGAGAUUGCCAGAUUCUAGAACUACAAGAAUAUGGAGAGCGCAGACGAUUGGAAAAGCUUUGCAUGAGGCGCUGGCCUUACAGGGCGUA